AGAUUCCUCGCGCUCUUUGUGCUGGCAGCAGCCCCUGCCGCCGCGUACGUGCCCCAUGCACGUCCAGCCGUCGCGUCGCAGCCGCCGUGCGCCCUCACUGCGCGGCCCGCUUGCGCGGGCGCGCCGACGCGCGCCGCGGCGCCGACGCGCGCCGCAGCGUCGAUGAACCUUGGUGAUCGCUUCGUCCGGCUUGUCAAGUCGAACGUGAACCAGGCGCUGGGCGCGAUGGAGGACCCGGAGAAGGUGCUCGAGCAGGCCGUCGCCGACAUGCAGCGCGACCUCACCAAGGUCCGCCAGGCCUACGCUGAGGUGUCGGCCUCGUCCAAGCGCGCCGAGGAGCAGUCCAAGCUCGCACAGGGCGAGGCGGACAAGUGGUACCAGCGCGCACAGCUUGCGCUUGAGAAAGGCGAGGAGGAGCUGGCCAGAGAGGCGCUCGGCCGCCGGUCGCAGCAGCUGGAGCUCGUCGACAACUUGCGAGGGCAGGUCGAGGGCAACGCCGGCUCGCUGACGUCGCUGUACGACUCCAUGAAGGAGCUCGAGGCGAAGAUGGCCGAGGCCAAAGCCAAGAAGGACCAGAUCAUCGCGCGCGCCCGCACGGCCAAGGCCGCGACCAAGGUGAACGACAUGCUCUCCGGCAUCGGCGACGGCUCCUCGAUGGCUGCGUUCGACAAGAUGGCGGAGAAGGUGGACAAGCUCGAGGCAGAGGCGGAGGUGUCCAAGCAGCUCGCCGCGUCGUCCUCCUCUGGUAUCGGCUCCGGCUCUUCCCUUGACGCGCAGUUCAAGGCGCUGGAGCGCGGCGGCGUGGACGAUGAGCUCGAGAAGAUGAAGCGCAACAUCUUGCCGCAGAGCGGCGUCGAUGACGAGCUCGCGCAGAUGAAGGCGCUGAUGGAGGCGGAGAAGGACGGCGAGAAAAAGUAGAGAGCUCUUCGUACGGCUACGACCGGGAUGGAGAGAGCCGCGACUUUGCCGCUCAGGCCUCGACUCAGGCCGGAGUCGCUGGGGGGCUCCUCACCGCUCACGGCAGGGUCGUGCAUGUGUAAAGUACUCUGUCCCUUAAAACGGGGACGACACAUCCCUGCACAGGGUCUCGUUUUCGCGUGCCUGGAGAGAUGUACGAUGAACGUAGAUCUAACUCAAAACACGUGUG